AUGCCACGCAGCAAACUGACCAAUCAUAUUGUGGAGACACCCAGCCAUGAUUUGCCACGUGAGCUGUUACUCAGCCACAAACGGGUCCUGCAGGCAGGGGAGAAGCCUGAGUUGCAGCGCGUCCUGGAGCAGCGGAGGCUGGAGCAGCACAGGGAGCAGGAGCAGGCCCUCCAGCCACCCUCCGACCUGCAGCAGGAGCUCCGCAAGAGGCAACUCAAACUGCUGGAGUACGAGCGAGAGGAGAUAAAGAGAAGGGAAGACCAGGAGAAUAUUCCAGAGUUCGUGCGGGUCAAAGAAAAACUGCGACACAUCCAGGCAACAGGGGCUGAACUCCCAUGAUCCUCAGCAGAACUUCCUUGGUCCUCAGCUGCUCCUCUCCCUGCU